CGGCGAGGCGGAGACAAAGAUAUCUGGCAACAAGGAAAAGAAGGAGAACACUAACAAGGGAAUAACAAGAGAAGAAAGGAGUGACAGAGGCCCAGGAACAUUUGUCAAUUUCCUCUUGCAGCUCACUGAAUGUUUCAGCCAUGAGCCUGAGUUUGACCUUUGCCUUGUUUCUUCUCCCGAAUCUUCACUCUUGUACUACUAUGGGAGGCAGAGCUCAGUGCAAACAGAGACAAGCUGAGGAAAGCCUGAGACCAUAUAUUGGCAGAGUAGAGCCAGAAAAGCUUUGUGAGCUGCUGAAAUGCCACAGUCCAGUGGGAUCUUGGUGCCAGGUAGUUCAGGACAAUGGAGUCCUUGUCCCCAAGUGUGUUUGUCCUCAGUCCUGUCGACGGCAGAGGGCACCAGUGUGCAGUGUUCUGGGAAAGACCUACGGAAACGAGUGUUUGCUGCAUAAAGCAGCCUGCAGGAAGAGACGCAGCACUGGACUGGCUCACACGGGACCCUGUCUGGUCCCAAAGGCCAAAUGCACUGAGGAGGAGUUAAGCCAGUUUCCAUAUCGCCUCCUGGACUGGUUUCUGCUCCUGAGUCGGAUGGGGAAGUCCUACACACCUGCGGCCCCGUCCCAGAACUGCCUCAGCCACGCCCAGAGAACACAACUAGCACAGCAAAGAUUUACCGAACUGGAUAAGAACAGCGAUGGGAAGUUGAGCCGCAGAGACCUGAGGAAGCUGCGUUACAAGAGGAUGCCUGUGGAGCACUGUGCUUCAGCGUUCUUUCAGUCAGUCCCAUCUUAGCGAACGCUA